UUCACUUUUUAAUUUAUUGGUAUAUCCUUCUGCACCAAGGUUUUUUGUUGUUGCUUGAACGUUUGCCGCCACUUAUUCCCUCCCCACAUUUUAAAAGGAACAUAAUUUAUGUAAAAUUAUGUAGAAAGUGAGGUAUCAAUUAGUAGGUUGGAUUUAUAAAGAACAGAAGAGGAGCCAUACUGGCCUUUGGGGUAAAGCCAACCAUAUUAACUGUCCAGCCGUGUUGUCAGAGAGGAAGUAUUCGUUUGAGGGAGAUGCGAGCCUCCCUCAUUGUAAAGACAGUUGUUGAUCAAUUAUUCAAUAGGUACAUGUUUGGAGUUCAGUAUGUCUUCUAGAACUACUGGCGGCAGCUUCUUUCGUUGACGUGGGCUACAAUGGUUGCUAAAACCUGCGUGCCAGAAGCCAGGGGUGGGGAGGCGCCAUUUGCUAAACCGGAACUGGUUAAAAUCUCAGGGUGGAGACCAUUCCCAGUCAGCAAGGGCUAGGGAAGUGCAUACAGUUCCUGCUCCUGGUGUCUACUGUGAAGAGCACAGAGUGGACGUUUGUCUGCCAUUUCACCGGCAGUAGGAUCAGCAGCUGCUGGUAAGCAAAGAGGUAGUAGUGAGUCACUGGACUGGUAGGCGCCGGGGCCGCGCGCUAGGUGGAGAGGUCAGCGGCGAACCCAGCUCCAUGGCCUAGUCUCGUCAGACCGAGCGCGGACCUUGCCGGCCUCCGUUCUCUUCCGCUUGUCUCAGGUAAAGCGCAGAUCCCUCCGCCGCAGCGUGCGCUCCUGGUAGCGCUGCGAUCAGCUUUUCGGCAAUACCCGGAUGGAAGUGUAAUGGCCGCCAUCAGGGACUCGCAGGCAAUGGGGACUACGACAGGUACUCCCCGUCAGCGGGACUGCCCAGACCUUUUAGGAUGUCAGAACUUCUAGAGGGCCACCCAGCAGGCAAAUGGCGAGUUUGUGGACCGUCAGGGUCCCCCAAACAGGUCCAGGGAUCCGCCUCUCGUGAGAGGAAGCGCGAGUUAAAUAGUCCCGGCCAUUCAGCGCUUCCGCUUAACUUGCCGCAAAGUUUUUCUGGAGAAGUCGGGGUUUUUUUGCCGAGCGCUUUUGCCGACUGCUAGAGCUGACCCUUACUUUUUUAACCUGGGGUUGUUUUACGUCCGGGCUUUUUGAACUCUACACUCUACUACAUUCUAGGAGCUGGGUGGGAGAAGGACACGGUGUGCCUCCGCGCUCCCCGCGGGGCAGCCGAACCCGGGAGGAAGGGGCGGAUCGGGCGCGGUGUUUGGGGCGAAGCUGGGCGCGCGGCGCUCGAAGCACUCACUCGGCGGGUUUCGUGGUUGGUGGAGACAGCAAGGGCGCCCCGCAGACCGCACCCCUCGAGCUAUAGGUUCGCAGGCCCGACUCGACGGCGUCCCUAUUGCUGGCCCAGCCUGUGGUCAUUGGGGGCCAUUUCUUGCAGAGAUGCCCUGCUCCCUGACGCGCUCGCUCUUCUCCAGAGUUGGCCAAAGGUGCUCUUCCCCGCAGACCCUAACCACACCCAGUGGCAGUUGGAUUUAUUUGUAAUUGGCUUUCUCACAUGUAGGGUUCAUUUUGACUCUAUUCUUUACAUGGUGUCCUCUUUGUCAAGUAGACAGUCUCUUCCUAGGUGGCUGUGGUAAUUGAAAAGUACAUAGAGCGAAUGUAUAUAAGGAAAAAUGUUUUAACUCUUAAGCGGACCGAUCAAACAGAUGUAGCUUUAAAGUUCAGAAUACAACAGUUAAGACUCAGUUUUCUUUUUAGGUUUAAAUUUGAGAGCAAGUAGUGUAUGUGAGCUGUUUUAGUGCAACAUUGUUGAGUAUGUUGUCAAACAUCUAAAAAACCCUAGAAAAAUAAAAUAAAUCAAUGUUCAGGGAAUUCAUAAGAAUGUUGGAAUUUGUACGGUUGUCACAGUGAUAAAACAUGAAGACACCAAACUGUCAGGGUAGGAAUUCUAUUAACUUGAAAGUGUGCAUGUUAGAUCUAGUUACUGGUAAUUGUUGAAUUGCUUUUUCUGCAGCAAGGGGUCUGAUUUGAGUGUACUGUAAGGUUGGUAUUCUCAGGUUUAAUUUAAAACAUUUAAAUUGAUUCAGUGAAAUUUCCUAACAUUUUCAGAGUUUAAUUGCAAAUUUAUAGAAAUGCAUUCACUACCUUUCAGCAAAAUUAUCUUUUCUGAAAUUUAUAGAGAGACAUUGCGUUCUGUUAACACUUUGAGGGUGUUGGGAUUUCCUGGGGAAGGUAAGCAUAGUAAACGAUGUUGAUUUUUGCUAUAAAAACUGUAAAUUAGAUCAUCCCUAGAUACAGAAAAUUGUCAACAAAAGGAGGAGGAGAAUAAAAUGUAGAUAUCAUCUCUUCUUUUGAUCACUGUUCCUGAUUGUGACAUUGUGCAAGUGUUAAAUUGUGUGCCUUUUGUUCCUGAAGAAAGAGGUCCUGGGAUCUUUGAAAUCCUAAGAUUCUUGGAUACCACAGUAUCAUAAAAUUCCUCUAAAUGCAUUGGUGCUAGCAAUCCCCUACUCUGUCUGGCCUCUGGACCUAGCUUGAAGUUCUGGAUUCAUUUCCUUCUUCCUUGUACCUCAGCCUGAGCCUUCUGUCACCCAAAGGGCUCCAGCUGGUUUUUCACUCAGGCCUCACUUUAUCUUCCAAGAUGAAGGAACUGAGACACAGAGGUUGAGACUUGUCUAAAGUAACAUGACCAAUGAGGAAACUGAGGUCCAGAGAAGUUGAAGCUUUCCCAAGGUCACACAGCAGAGCUGGAACUAGAGCUUGCAUUUCCUGACUUCCAGAUUAGUGUUAUUUUUACUUCAAACUAUUACUUCUUGGUGAGUUAUUGUGGGAAAAAUCCUGUAUAUUGAAGAUGUCUCUACACAGUAUCGUUUCCUGUUUAAAUUACAGAUAACUUCAAGAGUUUUCAGAAAAAAAGAAAUUGGGACUUUUUUGGUUAAAUCAUGCCAUCUGAACAGAAACAGUUAUUUUGUGAUGAAAAACAAACUACUUUAAAAAAAGAUUAUGAUGUGAAAAAUGAGAUAGUUGAUAGGUUGGCCCCUAAACCAAAAAUUUCAGAAAGUAUUCAUUAUGAACUAAAAAAUGUGAAAAUUGAUUUGCCAAAAAUAAAUAUUCCAAAUGAAGUCCUAUUGAAACAUGAAGUUGACAAAUACAGAAAAUUAUUUCAGAGUAAACAGCAGACUGCAAGAAAAUCUAUCAGUAUAAAGACUGUAAGCUGUGUAGAGGAGUGUACAUUGCUUCAUAAGUCUGAGAGAGCUGAAGAAGAGGGUAUAAAAAUGUCUGCAAAAAUACUCAAUUUCAGCUGUUUAAAAUGCCGAGACAACACUCGAUAUAGCCCAAAUGAUUUGCAGAAACACUUUCAAAUGUGGCACCAUGGCGAAUUACCUUCAUAUCCUUGUGAAAUGUGCAACUUUUCAGCAAAUGACUUUCAGGUAUUUAAACAACACAGACGAACCCAUAGAAGCACUUUAGUAAAAUGUGAGAUUUGUAACAAUGAGAGUGUAUAUACUUUACUGAACUUGACAAAGCAUUUCACAUCCACACAUUGUGUUAAUGGUAAUUUUCAAUGUGAAAAGUGUAAGUUCUCCACCCAGGAUGUUGGCACAUUUGUUCAGCACAUUCAUAGACAUAAUGAAAUUCAUUAUAAAUGUGGUAAAUGUCAUCAUGUAUGUUUUACCAAAGGAGAGCUUCAGAAGCACCUUCAUAUUCAUUCUGGUACUUUUCCCUUCACUUGUCAAUAUUGUAGCUAUGGUGCCACCAGGAGAGAACACCUUGUAAGACAUGUUAUAACUUUGCACAAAGAACAUUUAUAUGCAAAAGAAAAACUGGAAAAAGACAAAUAUGAAAAAAGAAUGGCAAAGACUUCUGCAGGACUUAAGCUAAUACUGAAAAGAUAUAAAAUAGGUGCAUCAAGGAAGACAUUCUGGAAACGUAAGAAAAUUAACAGUGGAAGUGACAGAAGUAUAGAAAAGAACACUCAAGUGCUUAAGAAAAUGAACAAAACACAGACUAAAUCUGAAGACCAGAGCCAUGUUGUUCAAGAGCAUUUAAGUGAAGAAAAGGAUGAAAGACUACACUGUGAGAAUAAUGAUAAAGCCCCUGAAUCAGAGUCAGAGAAGCCAACUCCUCUGUCCACUGGGCAAGGUAAUAGAGCUGAAGAGGGACCAAACGCUAGUUCAGGUUUCAUGAAGACUGCUGUACUAGGACCUACACCGAAAACUGUAAUGCUGAAAAAUAAUAAAAUAGCAGUUCCCCCUAACUAUAGUGCUAAGUUCAUGGGCUUCAAGAUGAUGGAUGGAAAACAGCAUAUUGUAUUAAAAUUGGUGCCUAUCAAACAAAAUGUAUGUUCACCAGACUCACACUCAGGUGCUGCAAAGGACAGUACUGCUAAUUUGCAGGCGCAGACUUUGGACACUAAUGGAUUUUUAACAGGAGUAACAACUGAGUUAAAUGACACAGUUUAUAUGAAAGCAACUACUCCAUUUUCAUGUUCAUCUUCUAUACUUUCAGGGAAAGCAAGUUCAGAAAAAGAAAUGACUUUGAUAUCUCAAAGGAAUAAUAUGCUUCAAACAGUGGAUUAUGAGAAAAGUGUAUCUUCUUUGUCAGCAACAUCAGAAUUGGUUACAGCAUCAGUGAAUUUGACCACAAAAUUUGAAACAAGAGAUAAUGUUGACUUCUGGGGAAAUCAUCUCACUCAGAGUCACCCCGAGGUAUUAGGUACCACCAUUAAAAGUCCAGAUAAAGUCAACUGUGUUGCCAAACCAAAUACAUACAACAGUGGAGAUAUGCAUAAUUAUUGCAUUAAUUAUGGCAACUCUGAGUUACCUGUUGAAUCCUCCAACCAAGGAUCAUUACCUUUUCAUAAUUACUCAAAAGUGAAUAAUUCUAAUAAACGUCGUAGGUUUUCAGGAACAGCAGUGUGUGAAAACCCUCAAAGAGAAUCUUCAUCCAGCAAAACAGUUGUCCAACAACCAAUUAGUGAAUCAUUUUUAUCACUAGUGAGGCAGGAGAGCUCAAAACCAGAUAGUCUGUUAGCAUCUAUUAGCCUUUCAAAUGAUAAAGAUGGGACUUUAAAAGCAAAAUCUGAAAUUGAAGAACAGUAUGUUUUAGAAAAAGGACAAAACAUUGAUGGACAAAACCUGUACAGGAAUGAAAAUCAAAAUUUAGAGUGUGCGACUGAAAAAUCUAAAUGGGAAGACUUUUCUAAUGUCGAUUCACCUAUGAUGCCUAGAAUCACAUCUGUUUUCUCUCUCCAGAGCCAACAGGCAUCAGAAUUUCUGCCACCUGAAGUAAACCAAUUGCUUCAGGAUGUAUUGAAAAUAAAACCUGAUGUAAAACAAGAUUCUAGUAACACUCCAAAUAAAGGCCUGCCACUUCAUUGUGACCAGUCAUUUCAAAAACAGGACGGAGAAAGCAAAAUUGUUGAGUCUUCGAAAGAUUUCAAAGUGCAAGGCAUCUUCCCGGUUCCACCUGGCAGUGUGGGUAUAAAUGUGCCUACAAAUGAUUUGAAUUUGAAAUUUGGAAAAGAAAAACAAGUUUCAUCAAUGCCACAAGAUGUGAGAGAUUCAGAGAAGAUGCCUAGAAUUUCAGGUUUUGGCACAUUACUUAAGACUCAGUCAGAUGCGAUAAUAACACAGCAGCUUGUAAAAGACAAACUACGAGCCACCACACAAAAUUUAGGUUCUUUUUAUAUGCAGAGUCCACUUUUAAAUUCAGAACAAAAAAAAACUAUAAUUGUUCAGACUUCAAAAGGAUUUUUAAUACCAUUGAACAUUACUAACAAGCCUGGGCUACCGGUUAUUCCUGGAAAUGCACUUCCAUUGGUUAAUUCACAAGGUAUCCCUGCUUCUCUUUUUGUAAACAAGAAACCUGGGAUGAUUUUAACACUUAAUAAUGGGAAACUUGAAGGUGUUUCCGCUGUCAAAACCGAGGGUGCCCAAGCUCGUGGAACUAUGACUAAGGAGCCUUGCAAAACACCUAUUUUGAAGGUAGAACCAAACAGUAAUUGUCUUACACCUGGACUUUGUUCCAGCAUUGGCAGUUGUUUGAGCAUGAAAAGUAGCUCAGAAAAUACUUUGCCAUUAAAAGGCCCUUACAUUUUGAAACCAACGAGUUCUGUGAAAGCUGUUCUUAUUCCUAACAUGCUAUCUGAGCAACAGAGCACUAAGUUGAAUAUCUCCGAUUCAGUAAAACAGCAGAAUGAGAUUUUUCCAAAACCACCUCUUUAUACCUUCUUGCCUGAUGGCAAACAAGCUGUUUUUUUAAAGUGUGUGAUGCCAAAUAAAACUGAGCUGCUUAAGCCCAAAUUAGUCCAAAAUAGUACUUAUCAAAAUAUACAGCCAAAGAAACCUGAAGGAACACCACAAAGAAUAUUGCUGAAAAUUUUUAACCCUGUUUUAAAUGUGACUGCUGCUAAUAAUCUGUCAGUAAGCAACUCUGCAUCCUCAUUGCAAAAAGACAACGUACCAUCUAAUCAGAUUAUAGGAGGAGAGCAGAAAGAGCCAGAAUCUUCUAGAGAUGCCUUACCCUUCUUACUAGAUGACUUAAUGCCAGCAAAUGAAAUUGUGAUAACUUCUACUGCAACAUGCCCAGAAUCUUCUGAGGAACCAAUAUGUGUCAGUGACUGUUCAGAGUCCAGGGUAUUAAGGUGUAAAACAAAUUGUACAGUUGAGAGGAACUUCAAUAGAAAAAAGACUUCCAAAAAAAUUUUUUCAAAAACAAAAACUCAUGGAAGUAAAGACUCUGAAACUGCCUUUGUAUCUAGAAACAGAAACUGUAAACGAAAGUGUAGGGAUAGUUACCAAGAACCUCCAAGAAGAAAAGCAACAUUGCAUAGAAAGUGUAAAGAAAAGGCAAAACCUGAAGAUGUCCAUGAAACAUUUGGAUUUAGCAGACCUAGGCUUUCAAAAGAUUCCAUCAGAACUUUGCGGCUUUUCCCUUUUAGUUCUAAACAGCUUGUGAAAUGUCCUAGGAGAAACCAACCAGUUGUAGUUUUGAAUCAUCCUGACGCAGAUGCACCAGAAGUAGUAAGUGUAAUGAAAACUAUUGCUAAAUUUAAUGGACAUGUACUUAAGGUUUCAUUGUCGAAAAGAACUAUAAAUGCUUUACUGAAACCGGUUUGUUACAACCCUCCUAAAACAACUUAUGAUGAUUUUUCCAAGAGGCACAAAACAUUUAAACCUGUUAGUUCUGUGAAAGAAAGAUUUGUGCUAAAAUUAACACUCAAAAAGACAAGCAAAAACAAUUACCAGAUUGUGAAGACUACCUCUGAAAAUAUUUUGAAGGCUAAAUUUAACUGUUGGUUUUGUGGUAGAGUAUUUGACAAUCAGGAUACUUGGGCUGGUCAUGGGCAGAGACAUUUAAUGGAAGCUACUCGGGAUUGGAACAUGUUAGAAUAGUUUACCAUAAUUACCAAGGAAAAGAAAAGUAAAAUUACCUUAGAAGAAAACAACGGGUUGAAUUACCAUAAUGCAGACAUUUUCUACUUCAGUAUAAUACCUGAAAUUGAACAUUUUAAAAGUUGAUUAUAUUUCUGUGGAAGAGUAAAAGUUGUAUGUAUGAUAUUUGAAAAUGGUAUCCCUGCACUCAAAAGUUUUGAAAGAAACUAAUCACAGCACAGAAGUACCUUGAUUUAAUUUUUUAAACAUGUGUUCUUGGGAAGUUAGGGCUAAAGAAAAUUUUGAUAAAACAAUUUUCCCACUUUAGUUCUUUAGUGACUCUUAGUAGAGGGUAAUGGCUGACACCCCCAUUCCCUCUCUUCUUCCACCAGCCUUACGCAUCUAAGUGUAGCUCCUCUGGAGAUGGAGAGCUCUUUCAUCAUAGAACUGAAGGAGUUUCUCACAUUUGUGAAGAUACUUUGAGAGAGCUUGGGUAAAGAAGUCACUCUAUGUCUGCUAAAUAUAGUUAUUUUGAAGGAUAUUAGGCUCCUUGAAAUUACAUUUAACUCACUACAGUUACACCUCAUACAAUGCUUGAAGAGUUCUUGGCAAGUAAAUUUUUUUUCCAGUUGAACUCUGUCACUUGUUAGAGAUUGGGAAUACUCUCCCAAGGUGAUUUUCUUUUUCUAAAUGACUAUGUCAAAUGUUGCAGUAGAUGGGCAGCUUCAAGAGAAGAAUUUAAACUCUUUGUCUCAUUGAAAGUUUGGUUAAAGAAAUUGAACAUAGUUCUGAAUUUGAUUAUAUUCUCUGAUGAUCCCCUUGCACAGAACUAUGCUUAUCUCAUUUGUCCUCCAUAAACAAAUGGCCAUUUUUUUCUUCUUGGUUCCCAUCCGUUUAAAAAGAAUGGAACAUAGGAGCACUUCCAAGGGAGUGGCUUUUCUUGAAAGUUAAAAUUUUUUACCAAAACAGUAUUUUGAAGCAAGAUCAUAUUUUUGUCUGUAUUCACUUUAUUAUUUGAACAUGUCCAAAUUAGGACAAAGCAUUUCUGUUAGCUGCUUCUCAGUGUGACUGACAACCCAAAACAUACACAGAUUGUUGGCAUUUGAAAAAGGAAGCAUCAAUAGUGGACCCAGAGGCAGUGCAUAAAACCUUAGGAUAGAUUCCUAAGGGACACGCCCAACAGAGUUUUAAAAUGGAUGUUUUCAUGAUGACAACAGAAUCAUAGAUUUAGAUUUUUCACCUUGUAAGUUUGGAUCAAAUUUUGCUGGAUCUUUGGAUAAUGGAGUUCUUGUGUUAAAAAAUUACGUGCUAUAUGAUUUUUUGUUACAUUGUUACAAGUGUUAAUGACAUUUUCAUUAAUGGAUGAAAACUUCAGGGCUUCUUUUCUGUAUAUAACAAAUUAAGUCUGUACAUAUUUUUGUACCUUUUAUGUAAAUUUUGCACAGACAUUUUUGGCAUAAGUUUAUUUUCUUUCAGUUUAGUUCAGUGCAUGCACUAAUAAAACUGGUUGUUUAAUUUAAAAGGAAUAUAUAAGACUUUACCCAUGUUAUUUUUUUGGUUUUUAUUUCAGAUGUAGAUUUUGUUUUUGAGGUAAAUUCGUUCUUCAGGGAUUGAACACUAUUGUUAGCAAGUGCCUAAAAAAGAUGUGAAACAGUUUACAUAUGUCAACUGUAACAGUAGGUCCCAAAUGGGCCCAUUCCCCUAAUAGUUUUAUUUUAAAGAAAGCCAUACAUAGAAUGCUUCAAGCUAUCUUGCUAUGCACAUUAUACUUGUACUGUUUUGUGCAGUUUGUCUACUUUCUUAGUGAAGUAUUUUUUGUAUAAAAUGUUACAAUUGUGUUUCUUAAAUUGAGCCUAAGAAUGGAGUUAAUUGGAAAUAUACAGUAUAUAUUAAUAAUGUAUAUGGUGUUUAAAGAAUGGUAAGCAUUGUUAAUUUCUGUAAUGAACAUUUUCAAUUAAAUUUAUCUUAAGUUUGUGUUUA